AUGCCUUUCCUCCCGCACAAACACGCACACAGCUGUAAGAAUCAGGAAUCCACACCAGUCCACGUCUUCCUCCUCCUCCUCCUCCACAUUCUUCCCUCUCAACCACCCUUCGCCCAAGCUGUACGCUUCCAAGACCCCAAACUCAGUCAACCCACCGCCACCGCUCCCUACGAAACGCGCCAGGACACCAUCAUCAUUCCCCUCACCACCGCCGUAGCCUCCUCCUCCUCCUCCUCCCCCAGAACCCUCAAGCCGCAACCGCCUAUCGGUAUUCAUAAUCCCACCAUGCAGGACCCCAGCAUCGUGCACCCAUCGCAGCCCGCCCCCACCAAGCCAUCCCUCCGCUGCAGACAACUCGUACCUAGCACUAUCCCCAUGACCACCAUGUGA